AUGAGACAGAAGAGGGCCAAGUCGUACAAGCGUCAGAUGAACGUAUAUCUCCAUACGUUCAAGUUCAGAGAACCUUUCCAGACCAUAGUAGAUAGCGAAUUGGUUCUUAACUGUGAGAAGGCAUCCUAUGACAUUGUGAAAGGGUUGAACAGAACAAUUCAAGGCGAGACCAAGCCAAUGAUAACUCAGUGUUGUAUGCAAGCACUUUACGACAGCAAAAAUCAGAGUGCCAUUGAUAUUGCCAAGCAGUUUGAGAGACGUAGAUGUAACCACAGAGAAGCUAUAGAUCCCAGCUUAUGUGUCCAGUCUAUUGUGAAUAUUGAAGGUGUUAAUAAGCACAGAUAUGUGGUGGCAGCUCAAAAUUAUGAAUUGAGAGUUAAGUUGCGCAAAGUGCCUGGUGUGCCGUUGAUUUUCAUGAACAGAGCCGUGAUGGUCAUGGAGCCGAUUUCUGAAGCUACUUCCAAGUACAGUGAAGCCUUUGAAAGAAAGAAGCUCACGGCUGGUUUGAAUGAUGCAAAGUAUACUGGUAUUGUGCCGAAGGAAUCAGAAGUGGAACUGAAGGAAGCUGUUCAACAGCCAGCUCCAAAGAAGAGAAAGGGACCCAAGGGUCCUAACCCAUUGAGUAUAAAGAAGAAGAAGACA